GGUGUUCCCCAGAGGAUGAAGGGGAUCGGGUCAGUGACAGACAGAGACAGAGACAGUGUUCCGGUGCUCACUGGAGGUAGUGAGGCCGCUACCGAGCAGUGCCUGGUAUCGCGGGCUGUGAACCCCCCGGCGCUGCCAUCCCCUUCCCCCAGCCCCCUCCUAACGGGGGCGGGGAGACAGUCACUGCCGCACUGCGCUAAGGAGCAGCAACGGGCCGAGGGAGGCACCGUGAAGAUGUCGGAGUUACUGCUGCUGGCUUCACCCCGGCGGGCAGAGUCCCAAUCUUCCAAGGCAGAUGACAGACAAAGACUGGCCAAAGAAAGGAGAGAAGAACGAGAGAGAACUCUGGCCGUGAGAGAGCAGCAGAUCCUGCAGAAGGAGAAACGAGCCCAACUGCUUUACGAGAGGCAGAUUGAGGAGCGGUGGAAGAAGCUGGAGGAGCAGAGACAGCGGGAGGAGCAGAGAAGAGCCGCCGUUGAGGAAAAACGAAAGCAGAAGCUGGAAGAAGAGAAGCAGCGUCACGAGGCCAUGAUGCGUCGUACUUUAGAGCGUAGUCAACAGCUCGAGCAGCGACAGAAGCGAUGGUCCUGGGGAGGAGCAGGAGCACCUGCAGGAGCUGGGACUAGGGAUGGUGCAUCAGAAAAUACCCCACCCUGCCCUCUAGGUUUAGCGUUCAACAGCCCUCCGGCUCCUGAGACCUCUGGUGCUGCUGAUUCCAUUGCUGCACCAGACAAAUUCUCAGUCCCUGCUGCCAAUCUGCCCAGACACAUGGAGUCAAUGAGUGGCAAACUCCUGUCGCCCUCGACAUCAGCCAACCCACAGCCCCCUGAGAAAGUGUUGACUAGUCCCCAGAAGACCAAUUCCAAGUCUGCACUCACUCCUUCAGGAGACAGGCCGGAUGGCACAGCAGUGUCGCCGGGAGAGGCAAAGUCGACACUGACGUCAGAACCGCAGCAGACCGAGAAAACGAAAAAGGCAAAAAGGCAGACAUCCCCCGGGCAUGUGUCAAGUGUGACGUCCACGCUCAGAAGAUCUCAGUCUCCUGCAAACAUGUCCAAAAGGUCCUCGUCACCUGCUGUGAAGGCCAACUCAAAGAUACGAACACGAUCUCCCAGCUCCAGCAAAGAGUUUCCACCAUCUCCAACUUCUAGCAGCAAAUCUUCGCCCAUGAGAAGACGACCGUCUUCUCAUAACAUUGCAGAAAGUAAAAAAAAGACCAAAGACAAGGGCGAUCUGGCACGGCAGAAAUCAGAGGAGAAUACAGGGAGUGAUGCUAAAUCACCAGAGUUGGCAGAGAGUGACUCUCCAGCGACCACACCAAUCAAGGAGCAUGAUCGGAAGAAAGCAGCUCUAGGUGAAGACGCGUCCUCUACAAAGACCACGGCGGGGACGACGAACCCGGAGGAAGCAGCAAGGCUGCUGGCAGAAAGGCGGAGGCAUGCCCGGCUGCAGAAGGAGCUGGAGGAGAAGGAAAGGCUGGAGCAAGAGGAAGCAGAGAGGAAACGUCAGGAGGAGCUGCAGAGAAGAGAAGCUGAAGAGACAGCUCGCCGUGAGGAAGAGGCACGCAAACUCGAAGAACAGCGAAUACAGCAGGAGCUGGAGCGCCAGAGAAAGGCGGAAGAGGAAAGAAUCCUCCGGGAACAACAGGAGAGAGAACUUCUGGCCAGACUGGAGCAGCAGCGAGAAGAAGCUGAAAUCAAGGCUCGGGAGGCAGCGGAGCGACAGCGAUUAGAACGGGAACAGAUCAUCCACCAGAUUGAGCAGGAGCGAAUGGAGCGAAAGAAGAGAAUCGAAGAGAUCAUGAAAAGAACCAGGCGAAGUGACACUGGAGACCCCAAGGUAACCAUAGCAACUGUAAAGUUAACCCCCCCCCCCCCCACCACCGCGUCUCCUGUAGUUUCCCUCCUUUCUGAAUAUUUUGCCACACUGUUAGUGUUGGAUGGAAUCUGCUGUAGAGCACACCAACUGCUCUAUGACUCACCAGUUUGUUUAAAUGUUUUGAUUCAAUCACCAAGAUGGCCAAUUUGGAGUCAUAAAAUACGAGAGUUUUUACAGCAUGGGAAAAGUCCCAUUGAGUCCACACUUGUUCAACCAUCCACCUAUACUAGGCCUAUUCUCCGGCACUUGGUCCCUAGCCUCGCAUGCUAUGGUGCUUCAAAUGUUCAUCUAAGCAGAACUUAG